GAAAGAGGGACGGAGGAGGGGUGGAGAUUUCAGCUCUAAUCCUUGCUCUUUGCCCGCCUCUUCUUCAAAUAAGAAGCUGGAGCUGAAUAGCUGGGACAUAUUCUAAACCUCAGGGCCAGGAAAAUCAAUCUUAUCUUCUCAGUUGUCUGAAGCUAGUGAGGGAGGUUUAAAAAAAAAAAAAGAAUGGUGGAGGCUUUCUGUGCUACCUGGAAGCUGACUGACAGCCAUAACUUUGAUGAAUACAUGAAGGCACUAGGAGUGGGCUUUGCCACUAGGCAGGUGGGGAAUGUGACUAAACCAACAGUGAUAAUCAGUCAAGAAGGGGACAAAGUGGUGAUCAGGACUCAGAGCACCUUCAAGAACACAGAAAUCAGCUUCCACUUGGGAGAAGAAUUUGACGAAACAACUCCAGAUGAUAGAAACUGCAAAUCUGUUGUGAGCUUGGAUGGUGAUAAGCUAGUUCAUGUUCAAAAAUGGGAUGGCAAAGAGACAAACUUUGUAAGAGAAAUUAAGGAUGGCAAAAUGGUCAUGACUCUCACCUUUGGAGAUGUGGUGGCUGUUCGUCACUAUGAGAAGGCAUGAAUGGCAUCAUGAUGGCCCCCUGUCCAGAUGAACACUUCAGGAAAAGUUUUUGGUUUUUUUCUGUCACUCUAAUAUGAGUACCAUUGAACCAUCAUCCUACUGAUGUGAAUGCCACUGAUGUUGCUCUGGAAGGUGAUGAGCCUUUUAAAAAUGUUGUUCGAGUCAAUUUUCCCAUUUGUAAAACUUUGCAUGGUCUUGGAACCACAUUUUUUACAAAGGAAAAAUAAAUAAUUUUUUUAUGAUUUGUGGGGGAAAUUCAAGUCAAAUAAAGAUAAAAUGUUAGAAAUAUGUCUAGCUUUGUGAGUUAAUGGAAGUUCUUUGGGAGGUAGGCAUGAAGGCAGCUUAUAACAAAUUAGCCUUUUAUAAAGACUUGUGGUUCUUAGAAUCUCUUUGUGCAGAAUGCCCCAAAAAAAAAAAAAAAAAAAAAAAAAAAACAUAACUAA